UGUGGGAAAGAAUGCAGAGAGGGUUUCACACGAACCGGGAGCACGCGAGCGGCGUAUAAGUAGCGCGGCGGCGUGUGGCACAGGCAGAGUACUCGAGUGAUAGACGUGCGCCUUUACGCACGCUGCUGUAGGUCAGGUGACAGCGCAGUGACAACAGACGCACAGUGAACGACUGCCAGUGGCUAGAAAACAUCUUUUGAGCUUUUUUUAAAAAGCAUUUUUUAUACUUUUCGGUCGUUUCCGACACCAAGGAUUUACUCUUUUACGUAUUGCCCUGAUUUGAUCCACAAUGCCAGCGGACACCAUGGAGAAGCAGACGGCGUCACCUAUCGCCGGCGCUCCUGCAAAUGGAUCUCACACACCGGACAAACCCAAAAAUGCCAGCGAGCAUAGAAAGUCGUCCAAGCCCAUCAUGGAAAAACGACGUAGAGCGAGAAUUAACGAAAGUCUCGGGCAGCUCAAGACCCUCAUCCUGGACGCACUUAAGAAAGACAGCUCCAGACACUCCAAACUGGAGAAAGCAGACAUCCUGGAGAUGACAGUGAAACACCUGAGGAACCUGCAGCGCGUCCAGAUGAGCGCCCUGUCAGCAGACACCACCGUCCUGAGUAAAUACAGAGCCGGAUUCAACGAGUGCAUGAACGAAGUGACCCGCUUCCUGUCCACCUCAGAGGGGGUGAACACCGAGGUGAGGUCCCGGCUCCUCAGCCACCUGUCCGGCUGCAUGGGCCAGAUGAUGUCCGUGAACUACGCACAGCAGGUGCCGUCCCAGCAGGCACACCUGGCUCAGCCUCUCCACGUACAGCUCCCGUCCACUCUGCCCAUCAGCGGCGCAUCCAUGGGCUCGAAACUCAGCCCGGUCGAGGCCUCCUCUCCGAAGGUCUUCGGUGGCUUCCAGCUGGUGCCCGCCACAGACGGACAGUUCGCUUUUUUGAUCCCUAACCCGGCCUUCGCCUCCGCCACCGCCUCUGCUCCCGUCAUCCCGCUUUACUCGAACGCAGGAGUGUCGGUGGCGGUGAACGCCAGCCCGGUCCACGGCAGCUCCGCGCCCACUGCAACGUCUCCAGUCCACGGCAUGACGUCCUUCUCCGGAGGGUCUCAGGCGGUGAGUCCGGUGGGGGUCAGCACAGGAUCUGAGGGCAGUGACCCCGUGUGGAGGCCCUGGUAGCUGAAGAGACUCGCGUCAAAGCAGUUAUUGAAUUAUUUCUGUUUUUUAGACUUUUAACAAACUGCACAGACUGUGUCGUGGAGGAUGAACCUGUGACUUUUCCAUUCUGUGGAACCGUGACUCCAACCACUCACUGACAUCAACAACAACUACUCUUUUUCAAAGUUUCGUUUUAUGGAACAGUUGCCUCGCUGUGUGGCAUUUUCUAUUAAUUUAUUGUCUGAUUCCAACAUUUGGAUGUCGGUGAUAAAACGUUGUACAUGCAGAAAGAUUAUAGGACAAAUGUUAUGAAGUACUUUUUAUUAAAAGGUUUUAGUUUUGUACAGAGUUGUUAUGAAUUGUUAUACCAAAGCUGUGUUUUAUAUUCUUCGUUGUUUUGUGUUGAAAAGGAAAAUAACUCAAGUCGGGUGACAUUGUUUUAAUAAAUGACUUUUCAGAAACUGA